AUGUUUGCUUGAAAUGAUCAAAUUGUGGAUUCUUGGAUUUUUGGUUGGAACAGGAUAUGCAGAGGUUGGUAGGCUAGAUGUAACUUAUAACCUGGGAAAGGGUAACUAUGCUUCCUUCAGAAUACCGACCCAACAUAAACCCUUAAGUCCAACAGAUCAAUCACCGCUGUUACAUGAUUUUCAAUCACAGUAUGGACAAGAUAGAGUUCACAAUGUUCAGCCUGUACGUGCAGAAGAACGUAAUAAUGUUCAACAUAUAGAACAUGGGCCAAAUUUACAACAUGGACCACAUUUAGAACAUGGGCUUCAGAAAAUAAAUGGUGCAAAACUGGUUCCGUUUAUUGGUCCACAUACAUUUCAUGGUUCACAACAAGCUCAUGAUUUAGACGAAAUUCAUAGUCAACAUUUAGCUCAUGGUACAGAGCAAGCUAUACAUAAUACUCAUCUUGGUCCAUUGCAAGCUCAUGGUUCGCAGAUAAACCAUGGUCCGGAGCAGAAUCAUGAUCCACAUCAGGUUCAUGGUCAACAACUAGAUCAUGAGCAACAACUAGCUCAUGGUCAAGAACUAAAUCAUGAGCAACAACUAGCUCAUGGUCAUCAUCUAGCUCAUGAUCAACAACUAGCUCAUGAUCAAGAAUUAGCUUAUGGUGAACAGUUGGCUCAUGAUCAACAACUAGCUCAUGGUCAACAACUAGGUCAUGAGCAACAGCUAGCUCAUGAUCAACAACUAGCUAAUGAUCAACAACUAGCUCAUGGUGAACAGUUGGCUAAUGAUCAACAACUAGCUCUUGGUCAACAAUUCGCUCAUAGACAACAGCUUGCUCAUGGCCAACAACUAGAUCUUAGCCAACCAGAUGCUCAUGAUCAACACCAAGCACAUGUUCUACAUCAAGUAAAUAACCCUCAGCAAGCACCAGGUUUACAGCAUCUGCAAUCUGGGGUUCUUGAACAAGAAGAGAGCAUAGUGCAGGAUCAAAAUAUACAAAAUUUAGAUCCACACUCAUUUAAUCUGGGACAUCAGCUCUUGAAUGGAGUUGGAAUUUUUCCGAUCCAAUCUGAAUCUGAUCUUCAACGAGCUUUUAAUUUUCAACUGUCACAUGGUAUUCAAGUAGGGCAUGGGCUUCAAUCUGCAAAGGAACUUGCACAACCUGGACAUAAUGUUCAUGACCUUAACCAUAGGUUUCAGCCUGUUCAUGGGGUUCAUGAAAACCAUGGAAUUCAGUCUAUAACUUCUCAGCAUACUUCGGUUAAUACAGGAAUACCCAUUGAUAAACCAAGCUUUUUUCCCCAGCAUGCUUUACCUGCUAUUUCUGCAGGAGCCGUGAACACAUUACAUCCAGCUGAUGCUGGUGUAGCUAGUGGCAAACCAGGAUUAGUUCAUCCAGCACCCUUUACUACCCCUGUUAUUCUACAUGGAUAUACAAGAUCAACCCAUCACAUUAAACCAUUUGUAAACCUUGGAUCUGCAUACCACCAUGCUCCUCAAGUGAAACCUCAACAUGAUGGGCACAUUCUACAACAUGGUAUAUCUCCUGUUCAUCAAGAACAUGUUCAGCAUGGUCAUUCAUUAGAGCAUCAUGUACAUGAAUUAGGAGAUCAAGUUCAUAAUUUAGGGAAUCUAGAACAACAUCAUUUACAACAAGACCUCCUUCCCGUUGUUCACUCUCAUCCACAUCAUAAACCUUUUUUUCAAGUUCAUCACAAAGAACAUGUUCUAAGUUCAGUAGACCAAGCUCUUUCUCCGAUUCAUCAUCAAGUACAUCAAGAACAGUUUCCUUCACAUCAACCAGCAAAUCAUGCUAUCCUUGGGAAUCACCUUCAUGAAAGUCGAUAUCCAGAUCAUUUUACAAAUCCAGUUCAGCAAGCGCAACUGCCAGUUCAUCAAGAUACGCAUCCAGUUCAUCCGAAUCAAUUCAUGAUACAUCAAGGUCAUCAUGCUGUUCAUCCGAAUCAAAUUCCAGUACAUCAAAGUCAUCAUGCAGUUCAUCAAGCACAAUUUUCCGUGCAUCAAGAUCAGCAUCCAGUUCAUCAAGCACGAUUUCCAGUAGCUCAAAAUCAGCAUCCUGUGCAUCCAAACCAAUUCCCAGUUCAUCAAGAUCAGCAUCCUGUUCAUCAAGCACAACUCCCAGUGCAUCCAAAUCAGCAUCCUAUUCAUCAAUCACAAUUUCCAGUACAUCCAAAUCAGCAUCCAGUUCCUCAAUCACAAUUUCCAGUACAUAAAAAUCAGCAUCCAGUUCAUCAAGCACAAUUUCCAGUACAUCAAGAUCAACAUACUGUAUAUAACAACCAGCACAUUCCACAUGAACAUCCUCAAACUGUUCCACUUGGACCUGUUCUUCGACCGUCAAAUGCAUACAAUCAAGGUAUUCAAUUAGAUGACCUGCCCAGCUAUGAUGAUAUUUAUGCUGACCCUGAUUUCCAGCCAGUUCACUCUGCCACUACACCUCAUCCCCCCCUAACCCCUGUAACACCUGCUUACGACCCCUUCACAUUUGGAAAGGAUAAAUUGCCUGAACCUGUUGAAGGAGUAGAUCAAGGCUUUGAUCCAGGUUUAGUUGGUGUAGUAGAGAAUGCUCUUGUUCCUGAUCUUGAAGUUUCUCUAGAUCCAAGCUCAAACCUUCAAUUAGGAUUUGGACCACAAUCAUCAAAUGGACCAUCAUCUUCAUUAAAAAACCCCGGACCAUUCCCAUCAACAGGUCCAUUCAAGGACCCCAGACCUUUCUUCCCAAUCCGACAAACACCUGAAUCUUUUCUAGAAUACGAUUAUACUCUAGAUGAUUUCCCUGAAUACGAUGCUGUUCCUUCUGAUCUGGAGAACCUUGUUCCAGCUUUCAUUCCAGUAGCUAGAGAUCAGAAUAGGCGAGGAAAGAAAAUAAAUAAUGCAAUCUUAAGGAGGGAGAAGAAACGCAGAGAAAAAAAUUCUUCCCGAGUCUCGAGCUCUUUAAAACUGUAAAGAGGAGAAACAUAGAACUCGAGAAAUUCUUACAGCAUAUUUCAGGUAGCUUACUAUCGAUGCUCUCCAGUUUUCGGAAAAUGUGAGAAUGCAGAAUCCAGAAUUUUAACCGCUGCUAACUGUACUCUACUCUACUUAACUACAAAAUAUUUGAGUAAAGCUGAGUCUACGAAGAUUAAAUUGCAUGCUCUGGAUUGUAGACAUGAAUACUUUAGCAUACACUGCUGUUGUAUUGGAUUCCAAUAUACAUUAUAAUGUAAACAACAUAUAAUCAACGUACAGAAAACAAAACAAAAACAGAACAUCUCCAUUGAAAAGUGUUGAAUUCUGAUAUAUUUCUGCAUUGUCCCUUCUUUUCAAAUCCACAAUUCCCUUAUUUAGAGGAGUCACAAUUAAACACUAUAACUUUUCUAAUUUCUCAUUUUUUCUUGAGCAAAACUUAAAUAGCAAAGGCAAACUAGACAAAUUCAAGUUGAAUAAAAAGAUGACCGGUAAUAAUUUGUAAUUAAAAAUAAAAAACUAAUAGUAUGUUUAUUGUUUAGUAAACUCAAAUAGCUCAAUAUCUUAAUACCAAUUGAAGGGACAUUAUAGCUAAUCUAUAGGACAGAGCGAUUAUUUUGUAUUAAUCUCAACAGCUUUAGCAGCGUUGAAUAAUGUAUCAUUUACUCUCAGAGCGCCCCCGGGUUUAUCAAUUAUCAUUGAAUCACUCGGGGAUUUCAAUUUCCAUUGAUUCUAAUUUGUCCGAGAGUAAAUGACAUUCCUUUGUAAAAAAUAACAAAUUAUUUUUUUUAUCCUUUAUUAUUAUUUUCAAAAGGGGCGGGAUUAAAUAUAAAUCGUUGCAUACCAAAACACCAGCUUUUUAUAAAGGAAUGUUUUUUAAACAUUAUUAUUAAUUAAUAUAUUUAUGAAUUAUUAUUAAUAUUUUAAACUUGCUUGUAAAUUGUAAUGACUAGUCAUAUAU